AUGAAUGCUUUGAGACGACAGAUUUGUGCUGUGGAUGCUCCUGUACAGCGAUGCUUCUCCACUUCAAGUCAACGGCACGCGACCUAUGGCUUCAUCGGGCUGGGACAGAUGGGUGUAAACGCANNGGAAACAAUCAUCACAGCACUCCCCGGACCAUCACAUGUACAAAAUGUCUUCAGACCAAUGCUCAAACCACCAACCCUGCUCCGCGACGGCGUCACCCAAGAACGCCUCUUCAUCGACUGCUCAACCAUCGACCCCUUGUCCUCCGCCCACGUCGCCGACGCCGCCCACUCCUCGGGCCAAGGCAAAUUCAUCGAUGCCCCAAUGAGCGGCGGCAUCGUCGGCGCCGCCGCAGGAAAACUCACCUUUAUGAUCGGCGCACCNCCCGAACUAGUCUCUCGCGCAACAGAAGUGUUGAUGCUAAUGGGCAAACGCGUUAUCCAUCUCGGCCCCCAAACCUCUGGCCUCAAAGGCAAACUCGCAAACAACUAUCUGCUAGCACUAAACAACAUCGCCACCGCCGAAGCCAUGAAUAUGGGUGUAAAGUGGGGAUUAGAUGCCGCAGCACUGGCAGACAUGAUCAACACCAGUACAGGCAAGUGCUGGCCCAGCGAAGUCAACAACCCUGUUCCUGGUGUUAUGCCUGAUGCCCCUGCUAGCAAAGACUACUCUGGUGGCUUUGGCACAGCGCUGAUGAAUAAGGAUUUGAAAUUGGCUAUGCAUGCAGCGCAGCAGUUUGGCAUUGAGCCGAGGUUGGGUCCUAUGGCUGCGUCUAUUUAUGCGGCGAUAGAGGGGAACGACAAGUACAAGGGCAAAGACUUUUCGGUGGUGUACAAGUAUUUGCGUGGAGAGUAG